GUUUAAAUUGCCAUCCCUACUCUUGGGAUAUGCAUGUCGAGAGAAGAGGAACGUGACACGAGAAAGGGGCGUGUGGGUCGCUUUUAGGUGGGGAGUGGAACUGUGGGUGGCAUGACAGAAUUGGAAUAUAGAUGGCCAAAGGGAUUUCUCAUAAUGGCCGAGGAGUCAGAUUUGUUCAUGGGUUCUGGAUCAUAUUUAGUCGAAUUUGGUCUACAACAUUGACCCAUCUCUUUCUCUUCCCCACCGCUAAGAAGAAGAAGUCCGAGGAAGAAGAAGUUGGUAGAACUGCAAGAAAUCUUAUGAUGAUGGUUUGGAUGCUUGGUAACAGUCGCGCCAGUGUCAGCAGCUACCCUGUUGUGGCAGCAACCAAAUCCCUCGGAAGUUUCUAUUCGUUGAUCGUUGUCUCAAAGGAGCGGAAGAGGCUGAAAAAACCAAUCACUUGCUGCAACCCAAACAAAUCUUCUUUAUUGAUCGUCAUUUGAUUUUUGCAUCCACCUGACCACCAUGGUAAUUGCCAGUGAACGUGUUUCAGUCAGUGUUUUCGUCUGCUGUUUGAAUUACCGUUGAAAUUUCACUCCAAUAUCUAUUUGAGUCUGAGAAUCUUCCUCCUAUGAUUCAAGUGGUCACUAUCAGCGAGUUCAAGUACUGAUGCCUACAGAUUGAGAAUGGAGGACACGAACGAAUAGCAAUGGAUAAAAUCACUUUUCGAGAUAAUUUCAUGGGGUGUUUAGCUGCAUUCUGCUAUGUUAACCUUGAUUAACACCAGAUGAAGAAACCUCACAGCUUACAGGUCUGAGGUUGUUAUCGUGAUGUUUGGUCUCCAGUCAUUCAAUUUGAACCACAUUGUGCUG